AUGGAUCCCAUGGUUCUCAAACUGAGAGAUAAGUCCCUCUUCAUUGGCAAAUGCUACGUCAACGGACAGUGGGUUACUGCCCAAUCCCGAAAGACCUUCAAGGUCUUUGACCCCGCUACGAAUGAACUUGUCGGAACCUGCCCCGACAGCGAUACUGCGGAUGCCCACCGAGCAAUCAACGCGGCCUCGGAAGCAUUGUGCUCAUUCCGCCAAACACCUGUCCGCGACCGUUCUCGCAUGCUACGCCGAUGGUACGACCUCAUCAUGCAGAAUCAGGACGACUUGGCGAAACUGAUUACAUGGGAGAACGGCAAGCCACUAGUGGAGGCCAAAAGCGAAGUCGCCUAUGCAGCUGCAUUUGUCGAGUGGUUCAGCGAAGAAUGUCCUCGCUUGUACGGGGAUAGUAUUCCCGUAUCAGUGCCGGGAACCUUCGUGGUCACCAUUCGAGAACCCGUCGGCGUAUGUGGGCUCAUCACACCUUGGAACUUUCCUGCAGCUAUGAUCACCCGCAAGAUAGCACCCGCCCUAGCAGCUGGAUGCACCGUGGUGGCUAAAAGUCCCGGAGAGACACCAUUCACAGCGAAUGCGCUGGCGGAACUAGCGCACCGCGCGGGUGUACCCCCAGGAGUCGUAAAUAUCCUGACGAGCUUAGAUAAUACUGUUGAGGUGGGCAGGGUGCUCUCCACCCAUCCAAGCAUCAAGAAAGUUUCCUUUACGGGGUCCACACGGGUGGGUAAGCUGUUGAUGAACCAGGCGGCGUCAACCGUGAAACGAGUGUCCUGGGAACUCGGAGGAAAUGCUCCUUUCAUCGUGUUUGACGAUGUUGGGUCUCUCGAUGAUGCGGUGGAUGGGCUGAUUGCUUCCAAAUUCCGAGGCUCUGGACAGACCUGUGUGUGCGCCAACCGCAUCUACGUCCAUCGAUCUUGCUACGAUGACUUCGCGGCGAAGCUCGUGGCCAAGGUCAGGCAGUUCCAGGUUGGACCGGGCUUCAUGCCAGGCGUCACGCACGGUCCACUCAUUCACGCCGCCGCCGCGGACAAAGUUAUGGAGCAUAUUGAAGAUGCAAAGGCAAAAGGAGCCCGAGUGCUACUUGGCGGAGAACGCAUGGAGCAUCUGGGUACAAACUACGUCCAGCCCACGGUGCUGGCGGACAUGACGCACGAUAUGCGACUGGCCUCCGAAGAAACAUUUGGCCCAGUCGCUGCUCUCUUCCCGUUUAACUCUGAGGACGAGGUCAUUGGGCUGGCUAACAACUGUGAGGUGGGUCUUGCUGCAUAUUUGUAUAGCAGAAGCGCGGCACGGAUGCUUCGAGUUGCGAAAGCGCUUGAAGUUGGCAUGGUGGGCGCCAAUACUGGCAUCAUCAGUAACGUUGCAUCUCCGUUCGGUGGUGUUAAGGAAAGCGGAUUUGGAAGAGAAGGGAGCAAGUACGGGAUUGACGAGUUUACGCACGUCAAGACAAUUACGAUCGGGGGUCUAUAG